AUGGCAAAGCGCCAGAAAAUCGAGACCGAGAUCGAGAAAAACCGAAAUAAUGGAAAUUGGGAUCUGGUGAAAGAAAAUGCGAGGGUGCUUGCCCAGCGAGUGGGGAAAGAAGACGGAGCAGUUGUGCUUCUACAGUGCCAGCUGGACUUUGAACUGACGAUCCUUCGCGAGAACAAGAAAGUCAAAUACGAUUUCGAGGCGACGUUGAAAUCGGCGAAUUUCGCGAAUGACUCCAAGUUUGAGAUUCAGCUCGAAUCGAAGCUCGUUCUCGCCUGGUACUAUUUCCACCAGGAGAAAUUGGAAGAAGCAGCGGAAGUUCUUCAAAGACUGAAUAUUACGCCAUCGAUUCCGACGCAGCCGUACUUGGCCAGAUUGACCGCGGUUGCGCUAGCAAUCAAAGCGGUUUUAACCGAAGACGGGAAAUCGGACUCGUUUUCGAAACUGCCGAGCGCGAAGCAAAGCACGAGUCUGAGGCAAAUGUACGAAGCUGCCGCCGACCAGGCGGUGAAUUUCCUUCGUCUUUGCGAAGACAACGCUGCCAGGGGCGCAUCGCCGAACUCGACGAUAAGCCGAUCAAACAACCAGUUCUUUCAAGAUGUCAAUUUCAUUCCUCAUCCAAUUCAAAUUGUCUUUGAGAAGUUGCCGGCUUUAUACGAAAAUGAGUCGACUCAGAGUGCCGUCGACUGUUUUAGAAAAUAUCUAAAGGCAGUCAACUCCCGAUUAGCUCCUCAAAUCAAGUCCAAACUAACGCUAAAUUGUGCCACACUGCUCCUUUCCAAAUCCAGCCUCAUCCAGUAUGCCAAAGCGCCUCCAGACAAAUCUCAAAUGAUCCUCGUCCCAGAGACGAUCGAGCAAGAAGCUCUUCUACUCUUGACGAUCGCGGAUAAUCUCAAGUCGCAGACGGAAUAUGUCAUCGACAGAUCUUCAGAAUUCGAUGAUGUGAGAGAAGAGAGCUUGAAAUCCGCAAAAGUGAUUUUCGAUCUGGUCACUGUGACUUUGGCGAGAAUUCGACAGUAUGUUCUGCUCUCUCAGAAGUCGGAGCUAACGAUGAAACUUGCUUUCCGGGAUUUCUACACUUCUUUUCAACUCGCAUUGUCACUUAUCAACGCGAAGAGAUACAGAGAAGCAAUUACGAUUCUCGAUGAAUGUAUCGAUAUCAGAGACGAUCCAGUGGCACUUAUUCUUGCGGCAGAUGUCUCGAUCCGACACUUGCACCAGCCCAAGCGAGCACUUGAAUACUUGGCCAAUCCUGCUUCAAAAGAGCAUAAAAGAUGGAAUAUUCUGUCUGGAAUGGCGAUUUCUUCGAUUCUCCUGAACAGCACGUCCUUAGCGUCGAGAUCAGACCUAAUCGAGCUGGCGAUUUCGCAUUUCGUUGAAGAAACGCGCCUCAAUCCCAGCUACUCUCGUUCGUUCUACCAACUCGCUCUUGCCCGAGCGAAAAAUAAUCAGAUCUCGACGGGGAUGAACGACGUGCUGACAGCGUUGCGAUUAGACCCAGAAAAUGGAGAGGCGUUUCUGCUUCUACAGUUGUUGCAUUCGAUCGGAGGGAGAAAACGACUCGUUAUAGACGGUUGUAAAAUUGGAAUUUCAAAAUGGCCGCACAUUAUGGGAUUCUACACUCUUGGUGCCAAAAUGUUAAUACAAUGCGGCCGACAGCCACAAGCCCUUGAAUUCUGUCGGGCGCUACUAGAAUAUGCAAUGAACCAAGACCCCUUUAAAGAAAUCGAUGAAGAUUCUGACGGACUAUCGAUACACACGUCUGUUACUGCCCUAACCCAGACAACCAAGCCAGAUGAGGGAUUGUCGAUCGCCGGUAAGAGCGCAAUGGCGACGGAAAGUGUUCUCAAUGAUAUUGAAUCGACGCUCUCGGGCAGCAUUUUCAAACCUUCCGAUCCAGGACAUGCUCAUUACCCGCUAUCGAUGGCGCUUUAUCAAACCGCGGAAUUGUUUGUGGAAAUGAAUGUUAUUGACGGCGCGAUCGAAUGCGUAGAAGAAGCGCAAAAACUUAUGAGAGGAAACCGAAAGCAAGUUCUUUUCAUAAAAGGCCUUGUUGCGGAGAAAACCGACGAUACGGACGAAGCGAUUGCACUACUCCAAGACGCGAUUUGCAUCGAUCCUUCCUACUUUGACGCUCUCCUCAGACUCGGCCUACUCAACCUGGAGCUAAGGCGCUUUGUCCCCGCUGAAAAAUGCUUCCGAGACUGUAUCGGCCUGAAACCCCUGUCUGCUAUUGCUUGGAGAAACCUCGGAUUGCUGCUCGAGGCGAAGGAAGAAGACGCUUUCUUAUGCUUUGCCAAGGCAGCCGAGUCUACUACGUCAAUGUCGGAAUUUGAAAAUUCAAAAGGCCUGAAGCCUCGGCAUUGGUACUCGCUCGAACUCGACAUGCCAUGCUCGUUCGUCAAGCUAGUCGAAGAUCCGCAAUUUUCUUCGAAAACUAUUCCAGUUUACGAUUUGGUCUAUCUCACGAAAUCUCAGCCACAAGUCCGGCGAAUUCAAGACAUUGCGUUGAAAUUGGCGAAUCCAGAAGAAAUGCAGCAGUCCACUAGAAUUGUCGCGGAAUCUAUUGCAGUGCCGAAUGACGUUGGGGUUAUGCCACAAGGCUCGAUAGGUGGAAUGACGCCAAAUGUUUGGUGGAUAGCGACGGGUCAAACGAUGAGCUCGAUAUCAACAAACUCCUUUUCCUCAAGGGAAGCUCAAACUGGCGCUGUGUAUUUCCUUGACAUGACCAAACAAAGCUACAAUCCAACUGCCAUCGUAACCUCCCCGGGUUAUGGCUACACUCAUGUAGAAUGGGUUGAUAUGGACUUGGAUGGCAAUGCUGAUGCUAUCGCUAUCCGAACAAAUCCUACAGGACAGCAAGAGCUGGUUUGGAUGCAACAGCCACCAGGAAACUCGAAAUGGAUGGUGUCUGUUAUUGAUAAGAAUGUCGGAGGAACUCAAUUUAAAACAAUGUGGAUAAAGGAUGGUGACGUGAAGCGUUUGCUGAUCAUUUGCGCAGGAUCGUCCGAGCCACAGCUCGUGUUCUAUUGGGUUGAUGAUCCAGAUAACGAUUGGACAAGAAUCAGCAGAAUCCAAAAGACAGUCAUUGGUGAAGAAGGAUCUUAUGUUAACAUUGAAAUUAUCGAUGUCAAUGCUGACGGUCGACUUGAUAUUCUCACGUCCGUCACUGGUAUCAGAGGACAACCUGGAAAAGUCAUCUGUUACGAAGUCCCAGAACAAAGCUCAUUCCAAAAGGGAAUCUGGCGAAAACACAUCCUCUCGCAAGCAUUUGAGCCUAGCGUCAAUUAUAGAGCACUUACGCCAGGUGGAGUCUAUGCAUUUUACCCUGGAAAAUCACCUACAGAAAAGCCUUCAAUCCUCGUCUCUGGUGCAUCAAACGGAAAAGUGUACAUUUUGAGGCCAAAGUCGUGGUCAGCGUACAUCUGGCACUACACAACAGAAGUUAUUCUUGAAAGAAAAAAUACCAUCGGAGUUCCUGCAGUCCGGGAUGUGGAUGGAGACGGAAAUGUCGAUAUUUUCAUUCCCGAAGCGAAUUACAUCCAUGUUCUCACAUUCAAAGGAGUUGAGCAACAAAGAAAUAUGCCCGAUAGUUCCAUAACGCCGCAUGUUUCAACCCUCAUGGCAGUUCUCUUCGGUGUUUGCCUAAUCUUGUAA